AUGGACGAAAAUCAAAAAGCAUUCUAUUACUUCUCUUAUAAGUCAUAGUUGUAAUAAUCUAAUUCAAUUCUUUAGGGCUGCACAAUCAACUAGAAGUUAAAUAUCAUUCUCAUAAAGUCAUGAAUAAGUUUCAAUGGCAUUUUAAUCUAGAAUUAAGAUUUAGAACAGAGAUCUUAAUUCAUUGAAGAGAAAACUUAGUCCUGCAGAGUUAAUCCCAUUAGAUGAAGAAAUCUUAGAACUUUACGAUGAUUAUUCUAGAAAUUAUCAACUAUUGGGACACGUUAAUUAAAUUGAAUUCUCUUCAUAAAAAUUCAAUCCUAUUGAUAUAAUUCUAACACCACCUAUUAAAUCAGUCAAAAGUGCUAGAUCAUUUGAUUCAGAAGAGUUAUUUUGUGAAUAGAAGAAUAAAUUAAUCAUUCUAAGAUUAAAAUUUUAUUAUUUUCGUCUUAAAAUUAAGGGGAAACUCUCUCCAUUGUAAUUAUGUUUUAAUUUUAUGGAGAGAGUUGUAGGACUUAAAAUUUAUUUAUCUACAAAAGCAGAAUUCCCUUCAUCUUUUAAUGCUGAUUAAUUUGUUUAAUCAAAAUAUGCUACCUUAACAAGUGCUAAUGGAUAUAAGAAAUUUCAUGAAAAUUAUUUAUAUAUAUCUCUUUAUUGCGAAACUGAUACAAGACUAGUAAUUUAGAUUUAAUUUGGAAAAAAUCCAUUAAAUUAAACAGAAAAUGCAUCAAGAAAAAUAAAGACUGAGAUGAAUGAGUAUUUACCAGAAACAUAGGUUGAAGAAAUUUAACCUAAAAAAAAUAAUUUUAUCAAUAAAGAUAAAAUUACAAGAAAUUUAAAUGUUACUCAAAAUUGCAUUGAUAAAAAAUUUAAGUUUUUAUUUGACUUACAAGUAUGUCUAAUUAUCUAAAUAGUCUGAAAGAAUAACUAAGUAAAAAAGUGCUUUAUAAAAUAAGUAAAUAGUAUCUAGGGAAUUUAAAUUAUAAAAACUUUUGAAAUUCUAAGCAAGACAACUUAUACCAGAAUAUAGAAAAUAUGAGAGAAAUUUUAAACAAAAACAUAGUGUUUUAUAACAUACUUAAAUAAAUUGGUUUUAAACAGUAUUUGUUCUUUAAUUAACAGUUUCUUUGUAUCAAUGUCUUAAUGAAAUCAAAAAAAGAUAUCAUAUAAGAGCCUCAGGAAUGCUUCUAGCUUGGAGAUGGAAAAUUAAUUUUUUCUUGAUAAUAAAAAGAAAUGGAAAUACCAUACAAGAGAGAAGCAUUCACUAAUCAAAAUUGGUUUUGCAAACCUACACAAAAUUUAUCAAAAAUACAAUAGAGAGUAAAGCAGCUUAAGUAUUACAAUCUGUUUUAAACUAAACCUUUCCAGUAAUUUCUUUAAAAAAUAGAAUACUUAAAGUGAGAUCAUUAGUUUUAAAUGUAUAAGUUAAAUUCAAAUGGUUAAAAACAUAAAAAAGAUUGUUUUUUGAUAGAUUUUGGAAAAAUAUUAAUUAAGUUUAUUUUUAAAUUUUAAGUGAACUUUAAAAUAAAACAAAAUAAAGCUUGGAAAAACCAGCAUAGUUGAAACGAUCUUCAAUUUAUUUAAUUGAUACGUAUUCUAUGAUAAUUAAUGAAAAUAGAAAUGCAAUGAUUCCCUUAAUUGAAACAUACCUUUUGUAAAUCAAAAAAAAUUGGCUAGAUUACAUUCAUAUAAAAAGAAUUAAACGAUACUCUGUAUAUUCUCUUUAAUUUCCAUCAUAAUUUGAUAAAUUAAAAGCAGUUGCAUUUUAGAUUAAAGAACCUAAGCUAUUUCGUGAUCCAUCAAUUGAUGAUUUAACAUAUAUAAUUGAAUAGUAUGCUUUGUAUAAAAACUUAUUAUGAAUACUUAUUUAUUUAUUUUAUGAUAGCCCAAUCAACAGUAUUUAAGAGUCAAAAAUAAAGGCAAAUAACAACAACACCAAGUAAUAAUACAUAUUUUCUUAAUUCUUAAAGAAAAAUAAAGUAGAUUGUAAAAUUAUUUUAAGCUUCUUCACUACAAGCAGUCUUUAAUCAAUUUCUUAUAUUCAUACAAGCUAAGUUUUAAAUUAAACUCCAACUCUAAACGAAGUAAAAUAAGUUAUAAAAGAGCAUAAUCAGAUUUAAACCAUAUCUCCUUCUUUCAUGGAGCUUUAUGAUGAAUUUGAGAAUAAUUACAAGAUUGUUUAGAAAAUCAAAACUGAUCUUAAUAUUUCAAUAGAUAUGAAAUAGGAUGAAAAACUAGAAUAAAGUUAGAUUAAAUCUUAAAAUUCAAUAAAGAAUAUCUCUUAAGCAUAAACAAAAAUUGCAAACUUGUAGUUUUGUGAUAUUGAUUAAGAAUUGAAUUAGAGAUUACAUACAAAUCGCUUUAAAUUUUAUUAUUUUCGAGCAUCCAUAUCGAAAUAACAAUCUCCUCUAUUACUAACUAUAUAAUUUGAAAAUCAAAUAAAUUCUGCAUAAUAUAAAUUAUAUCUUUCUACUUAGCAUGAAUUUCCGACUAAAUUUAAUGCAGAACAUAAUCUCACUUCAAAUUUUUGUAAAAUCUAUACAAAUGGUCAUGAAAAUAUGUUUAUAGAAAACUAUCUUUAUAUAACAUUUUACUCAGAAAUUGAUGUUAUUUUAAGAAUAAAAAUAGUCUUUGGAUUGGUUUAAUUUAAUAAAUCCCCAAAGAAGUAAAUAAUUAGGAAAGAAUAUCCAAAAUUUCCUGGUUUAAUAGCAAAUACAAAAAUGGAUUUAAUAAAAAGAAACCUUGAUACAAGUUAAUUUUAAUUGACAAGAAGAACUGAUUUAUUAGCAGUAUUGCUUGUAUUAUAAAUAAAUUAUAAAAUAGAGUGAAAGGGAAUAGAAAAGAAAAUAAGUUUUGUAAAAAAAAUAAGAGAUAGAUAGUGAAUAAAAAAUUAAGUUAAAAACUUAAUAUAGUGCAUAAAUGUUGAGAAAUAAUUAUAGAUUAUUUGAAAAAGUUUAUAAGUUAAAAUUAAAUAAAAAAAUUUAGGGAGAAUUAUUUUGGGCUUAGCUUUUCAAUUUGAUUAAGUUUCUAGCUUAGCUUAAAAUUAAAUUAAUAGUAAAUAUAUUAUAAAAUAUUUAGCAAUUUAAAGGAAAGAUAAGUAUUAAGGCAAAUGGAAGAAUUAAAGCUUUAAGAUGUGGAUUAAAUUUAUUGAUUAAUAUUAGAAAGUUUGGACCUACACCAGAGAGAAGAUCAUUUUGUAAAAGUUUGAUGGCAAUAUAAAUGUUUACAACUUAAAUUCUAUUUUUAAGAAAAAAGAAGGCUCAAGCAAUUGCUACUUCAUUUAUUAAAGAAUGUAUUUCAAUUAUACAUUUAGGACAUAGAUUACUGAAAACAAGACAUUAUGGUAAUAAUAUUUAUGUAAAUAGUAAUAAUAUUGUAAAACAAAUUCAGAUUCUUUUAAAGAUAAAAGAAAAAGUAUUAUGAAGAAUUUUGGCAAUUAGUGAUUAAAAACUAUAAAGAAAUUAUAAGAAGUUUAAGUCAAAAUUAAAAUAAUCAAAAAACAAGAAGAUGUUAAAAAUAAAUCUAUACUUUUUAAAUAGAUAAUCAAAUAAUGCAAUGCUAAAUUGAUAAUUAUUAUUAAAGACAAAAAUAGAUAUGGUUAGCUUUUAUACGCUAAAAGAUUCAUGAUAAACAACUCACUGUUUAUUUAAAUGAUAGAAAAAGUGAUGAAAUUAGAAAAGCUUUGAUAAAGUUUUAAGAGCCCAAAUUGUUCUAACUUCCACAAAUUAAUGAAAUAGCGGAAAUAAUUGAGCUUUAUGCAAAAAAUAAAAAAGUGAUUUGA